AGCGGCCGCCGCGCAGAGACAGGUUCCUCCGGCCCAGCAGCUCCCUUCCCCGCACGACGGACUUUUCCUGGACCCCAGGCAGCUGGAGCCUCUGGCGCCCAGCACCCCUGGACCCUCUGGCCUCUGCACAGCCUCUUUCAUUCAAAAGCUCAGGUCGCUUCCAGCCCAGGCUGACCUGGGAGGGUGACUCCCUUUCGUUCCUAGCACUAUGCCAGGCACUGUGGCGACACUGCGGUUCCAGCUCCUGCCCCCUGAGCCAGAUGAUGCCUUCUGGGGUGCACCCUGUGAACAGCCCCUGGAGCGCAGGUACCAGGCACUGCCGGCCCUCGUCUGCAUCAUGUGCUGUCUGUUUGGAGUCGUCUACUGCUUCUUCGUGGUCAUCAGCCGGCAGCGACGACGUGUGCAGCUGAUGCGGAUAAGGCAGCAGGAAGAACGCAAGGAGAAACGUCGCAAGAAGAGACCCCCAAGGGCUCCCUCAAGAGGUUCCCGGGCUCCUCCAAGGCCUGGGCCCCCUGACCCUGCUUAUCGGCGCAGGCCAGUGCCCAUCAAACGCUUCAAUGGAGAUGUCCUCUCCCCGAGCUAUAUCCAGAGCUUCCGGGACCGGCAGACAGGAAGCUCACUGAGCUCCUUCAUGGCCUCACCCACAGACAUGGACUAUGAAUACGGGUCCCGGGGACCACUGACAGCCUGCACAGGGCCCCCUGUGCGGGUAUAGCAGUCUAGCUGCUCCCGCCCACCUGGACUCUGUGGUCACCAGCUCUGUUAGCUUGCGGAGGCCUGCUGGGCCACCACCCAGCCCACUUCGCCCUGUAGCCUAUGGCUGUUUCUCUACCCUGGAGAGGACUGGCCUGGCUGCUAGAAGGGAGGACCUGUCUCGGGCUAUGCCUGUCUGAGGGAAAGCCCUCUCCCAAGGGGCUCCUGAGGGACAGGGGGUGUGAGCCCCUUUGGGGUGUGCUCAGGGUUGUGAGUGUGUCACCUGUGUGUGCGUGUGCAUGAAGGGGUGGGGUUGGAGGGAACACUGGGACCCUUGCCUUAGAUUUCUGACUGGUAGGGCUUCUGCAAGGUUUGCCCACCUCCUCUUCCACUGCUGGGGUCCCAUGGGCCACUCUCCUGCAUGUGUAAGUGGGGGAGGUCUGCCUUCUCCCUCCACUGCUCUGCCUCUCAGCCAGAUUCAUCCAAGGCUUCUUGUCCUUCUCCACUGCAGCACCCCUCACCCUGGUUCCCUGUCCUCUGCAAAGCCACCAGCCUGAGGGCAGUGGCAGAGGAUGGGGGUGGGGGCUGCUGCUCUGGGCUGGGUUGGGGAGGGGGCCUGGGACUAAGGGGGCUUAAAUGCACGAUGCAUGUCUGGUGUCUGUCACUGCCACCCUGGACACCUCAUGCUUCUGUCUCCCUUCGCCCCACCCUGUUUUACAUCUUUUAUAAAUGUGCCAAACUGUGGCUUCUGCCAAGAGUAGUUAUCUUCAGUGGCUGGCACGUCCAUGGGCCAACUUGG